ACCGAACCUCCAUCACAACCCCACAAAAAGACAGUUUUACAUCAAGAAAACGCAGGAAGGAAUGAAGCCAUUGGCCUCUCUUCCUACCCUCUUUGCUCUCCUCCUCUUCAUCCUCGCAUCUCUCCAUCUCCCUCCUUCAUGGGCAGCCUCGGACUCGGCGUACGACACCUUCCUCCGGUGCCUCACGAACCGCACUCAACCGUCGGACCACGUCUCCGACAUCGUGUACUCGCAGGCCAACUCCUCCUUCGCCAGCGUCCUCGUGUCCUACAUCCGUAACCGCCGCUUCAACUCGUCGUCGGCGCGGAAGCCGCUCGUCAUCGUGACGCCCACGCGGGAACCCCACGUGCAGGCCGCCGUCCUGUGCUCCAAGGAGCUCGGCGUCCACCUGAAGAUCCGCAGCGGGGGGCACGAUUACGAGGGCAUAUCGUACGUCUCCGACGAUGCCUUCUUCAUCCUCGACAUGUUCAACCUCCGGUCGAUCGACGUGGACGUCCAGGGAGAGACGGCGUGGGUCCAGGCCGGCGCGACUCUGGGAGAGCUGUACUACCGGAUUUGGGAGAAGAGCAAGGUCCACGGCUUCCCUGCCGGAGUUUGUCAAACUGUCGGCGUCGGAGGCCACCUGAGCGGCGGCGGGUACGGCAACAUGCUGCGGAAGUACGGCCUGUCGGUCGACAACAUCCUCGACGCGAGGAUGGUGGACGUCGAGGGGCGGAUUCUCGAUAGAAAAGCCAUGGGAGAGGAUUUGUUCUGGGCGAUCAUCGGGGGAGGUGGGGCGAGCUUCGGAGUCGUUCUGGCUUAUCAGAUUAAGUUAGUCCCGGUCCCGGAGAAGGUCACGGUCUUCCGCGUCGAGAAGACGCUCGAUCAGCAGGCAACAGAUCUCGUGUACAAAUGGCAAUCCGUGGCUCCGAGCACUGACCACGGCCUAUUCAUGAGGCUUCUAUUGCAGCCAGUCACUUCCAAGACCCAAAAGGGGCAGAAAACGAUAAGGGCCUCAGUGGUUGCAUUGUUCCUGGGAAAUUCAGAUCAGCUCGUGGCAAUUACCGACAAGGAGUUACCCGAAAUGGGGUUAAAGAAAGAGAAUUGCACGGAGUUGAGUUGGAUCCAGUCAGUUCUCUGGUGGGACGGCUUCGACAGCGGCAGCAUCCCGGCCCCGGAGACCUUGCUGAGCCGAGUCGAUAGCACCAACUUCCUCAAGAGGAAAUCGGACUACGUCCAAACUCCGAUCUCUAAGGCUAAUCUCGAGUUGCUCUGGAAGAAGAUGAUCGAACUGGGGAAAGUGGGGUUCGUGUUCAAUCCAUACGGGGGACGGAUGAGCGAGAUCCCGGCGUCGGCGACCCCGUUCCCGCACCGGGCAGGGAAUCUGUUCAAGAUUCAGUACUCCAUCAAUUGGAGCGAGGACGACCCGGAACUGGAGAAGAAUUACUUGGAGCAAGCCAGGAGUCUGCACAGUUUCAUGACUCCAUUCGUGUCAAAGAAACCAAGGAGUGCAUACUUGAACUACAGAGACCUGGACAUUGGGACUAGCACCAAUGGCAAGAACAGCUACGAGGAAGGGCGAGUUUACGGGGUCAGUUACUUCAAUGACAAUUUCGAGAGGUUGGUCAAAGUGAAAACUGCGGCUGAUCCCACCAACUUCUUCAGGAACGAGCAGAGCAUCCCUCCUCUGCCCAAAUAAAGAGCGAAUCUUUUUCUUUUCUCAUCGAUUGAUUUAGCUAGCCGUUCUUGAUGAAUGGCGAUUGCUCCAAUAAGAUAGUAUUUUUAUUCUCGUUGGUAAUAAAAUGAUUACUUUGCAUCGACCGA